GUCUCCCGGGCAACGCUGCGACCAGACGUCAUUUCCCGUGUGAUCGCGUCUCUCGUGGUGCUCCGCGUGUUCCGUGGAGAGUCCCCGGUGUUACCUGGCAGAGGGGGCGGGCGGGCUUCACAGGCCUGCCCCCGGUAUCACGGGCCGUUAGUAUGGCGGAGCCGGCGGGGGUGUCCAGCAGGCAUGAGAAGAGUCUGGGGCUGCUCACCAGCAAGUUCGUGUCCCUUCUGCAGGAAGCGAAAGACGGGGUGCUGGACCUGAAAGUGGCUGCUGAUACCCUGGCUGUGAGACAGAAGCGCCGAAUCUAUGAUAUCACUAAUGUCCUGGAGGGGAUCGGUUUGAUAGAGAAGAAGUCAAAGAACAGCAUCCAAUGGAAGGGUGUUGGCGCUGGGUGCAACACAAAAGAAAUCCUGGAUAGACUGAAGAAUCUUAAAGCUGAAAUUGGAGAUCUGGAGCUGAAGGAGAAGGAGCUGGACCAGCAGAAAGUGUGGCUGCAGCGGAGCAUCAAUAAUGUCAUGGACGACACCGAGAAUCAAGUGUUCUCUUUUGUAACCCACGAUGACCUUUGCAAUUGCUUUAAUGGUGACACACUUUUGGCUGUUCAGGCGCCUUCUGGCACACAGUUGGAAGUUCCAAUUCCAGAAAUGGGUCAAAAUGGACAGAAAAAGUACCAGAUUAGUUUGAAGAGCAGUUCUGGGCCCAUCAAUGUGCUACUGAUCAAUAAGGAAUCUAGUUCCUCAAAGCCGGUGGCUUUUCCUGUUCCUCCACCUGAUGACAUCACACAAACUCAAGUUCAGGCUGAACCAUCCAUUGCACAGAAACCGUCCACAGAGCCUAAACCUCAACAGACAGAGGAAAAUCCAAAUAAGGAUGCAGAAGAAUCGAGCACAAAGGACGUGCGGGCGGACACACCUGUUAGCAGUUUAUGUGAACUUCCAGACUCCCUCCUAUAUCCCAACCUGACGACCGAUUUGGCUCCAUCUACCGCCAGCAGCGGUGACUUCCUUCCAAUGGAUGUUAAUAACAUCCUUAAGACCAAUACAUUUGACAUUGCGAAACUAGAUGACCCAGAAGGUCAUAUAAGUGGUGACCUAAUUGAUGAGCUGAUGUCUUCUGAUGUGUUCCCACUCCUGCGACUUUCUCCAACACCCGGGGACGACUAUAAUUUCAACCUGGACGACAGUGAAGGAGUCUGUGAUCUGUUUGAUGUGCAGAUACUAAAUUAUUAGGUUCAUGCCCCUCUUUCUGGACUUCUGUCUACCUCCAUCUGCCUUACAGUAGCGUCGUUUUUUUUUUUUACACUUGGAUUUAUAUAAUUUUUUUAAUGUACAGUGAAUUAGAUUUUAUAAAUACAUUGGUUCUUCCUAUUACUGGACUUGUUUGUAGAAGAGAAGUCUUAUUCAGAGACUAACAGUGGAAAACCAGAUCUUUAUAAAAUGCCCCAAACUGCUAGGGACGGGUCACCCCGCCUGAGAACUUGUUGUUUUUCUGCCUAGUAUGUUGUGCAUGAGGUUUGCUCAGGUAAGAGCAGCUUCUCAAGGGCGUCGCUUGCUUUUGGCAAAAAAUGGUAAUACUUGUAUAGUGACAAGAAUCGGAGAUUGUGCCGUAAUAUAGUGGACCCUCUGUAGGACCAUGGACCUGGGGAUGGAUUGGAGCAGAUCUGUCAGGUCUUCGGCUCUUCCUUUCUGAGGGCAGCAUAGUACGAAGGAGGCCAAAUGCUUGGGAAUGCAGUUUUCUUUAAUAAAAUUUAGUAUUUUCUUGGAAAAAGGUGAUUGAAUGCGGCCAGGACUCUUAGAGAGAGCCCGGGAGUCCUGCCUUCCCUGUCCACACAGAGGGCUGUAAAAUACAGACUCUUACAGGAAAAGCUUUCAGUCAAAUGUGUGUAGGUGAUACAGGCUUUUUUAUAAAUUCUGGCAUCAUUGAUUCUAUGGCUAUUCAACGCAUAUCUGGCCAAAAUCCCCCCAGAUCAUGCGGACAUUGGUGCAGUCUUUGGUGCUGAAAGAUUUCACCGUCAAAUUGACAUGCCGCCAAAUUAAAAUCCAAAUCCGCAAGUCCAAGGUAUGUGUGGAUUUCAUUGCAGAAAAUGUCAGCAGCCUGUGGAUGAGGUUUCACGUCUACUGCCUACACUGCAGGUUCUUUGUGCAAAAUUCCACAGUAGAGCAUCCACAGCGUAUAUGACGUGAGGCUGUACCUGUAGGCUUACCUGUACGCGGGGGCGAGCUGCCUUACAGAAAUUCCAUUUCUGCACCAAAAAUGCAUGCGUUACUUGCAGCUUUUGGUGCCGUUUUGCAACAGAUCUCCCCCUUGCCUUGAAAAGGAUGAAAUGCGCACAAAGAACAGACUGCAGAUCAAAGUCCGUACUGCAGGUCAAAUGUCCGCA